AUGAAAUUCGCACUGGCAUUGUUGGCCCUGGUGGCUACGGCGUCCGCCAAGAUCGAAAUCCCGAACUUCGGUAGGGGCCAGCUCUACAAGGACAUCCAGGAGUUUUUGGACCUCAUGCCAACCGACGAAAUGUUUGCGAUCGCCGUUAAAUACGUGACCGAGGACGCCGAGUUCCAGAGGUUGUUCACAUUCUUGCAAAGCCCAGAAUUCAAAAGUCUCACGGCUGACGUUGAAGCGCUGAAAGAAAUCCGCACAUUGAUGGACUACAUCCACCACGCCGGAAUUGACAUCUACAAGAUAGUCAAUGGUUUGAACGACCUCCUCGGACUCGCCCAUCUCACCCCGCCUGAUGACGGUGCGGCGUACAAGAACUACAAGACCAAUGGAAUCCGCGGAUUCCUUGACGAAAUCGAGGCGAUCCUCCCCAUCAAGGAACUCCAGGCCCUCUACGACAAGAAGCUCAAGGAAUCCAAGGCUUUCGCUGACUUCAUCAACCAACUGAAAUCUCCAAAUUUCCAAGAGAUCGUCAACAAGGUCUAUGCUCACCCCACGGUUCAGAAACUUUUGGAUGAGGCUAGGAAGGCUGGUGUCGACUUGAAAGCUGUCAGAGAAGCGUUGGAGACUAUCCUUGGCAUCAAGAUCCCCGGACUAUUUACAUAUACUGAUAUGCAUAUUAUGAAGUUCUCACUAGCGCUCUUUGCCAUUUUGGCUGUAAUCGGCUUCGGCCAAGCUCACAAUCUCCCGGACUUCGGUAAGGGCCCUCUUCAUGAAGAUAUCCAGAACUUUUUGGACUUGAUUCCCAUGGAAGAUAUUGCCGGGAUCUUCCUAGAUUACAUGGAGAAUGAUGCUGAAUUCAAACAAUUUGCUGACUUCGUCAAAGCCUCGAACGGUCAAGUGCUCAGAGAUUUGAUGAUAGACGUCGAAGCUGUUCCUGAAGUGAUCAACCUACUCAACUUCCUGCAGAAGGAAGGCGUCGAUAUUUACACCAUAGUAAAUGUGAUUAACCAAAUCUUAGGUAUCAAGGAGCUGACACCUCCCACGUACUUCGCAACGACCAUGAAGAGGACCGGUGGACUCGCUGGAUUCUUCAAAGACGUCAAAGUACUCAUCGACUACAACAAAUUCAUUCACUACUACGUAGAGAGAAUGGAAAACUCUCCGGCUUUCGUCCGUUUCGUGCAGCAACUCAAGUCCAAUAAUUUCCAACAAGUCGUUAAUAAGGUCUACGUGUCGAAAUCAUUCCAGACCAUUCUGACUUAUUUGAAAGACCGCGGGGUGAACACGCGGAUCGUUGCCGAAAUUAUGUACAUCGUUCUCGGUAUUACCGUACCGAAACAUACGCUAAUGCCUGUUGCUUUUGAGCGCUCGCUGUUCGAGGAAUUGCAAGACUUUGUGAGACUCCUCCCGUUGGAGAAGUUCUUUGAAAUAACGACCGAAUACGCACUCAACGAUGAAAAGGUACAGAAAGCAGUUGCCUUCAUAUUGACGCCCGAAUUCCAUGACUUACUUCGUGACGUCGAGGCUCUUAAGGAACAUCAAAAUUUGAUAGUAUUUCUGGAGAAGGCUGGCAUUCCCGCAAUCGAAAUGAUCAAAGUAUUCCAUCAAGCGAUCGGUAUGGGUGAUUACGUGCCGCCUAAAAUAGACGACAUGUUCAAAUCCCAAUUUGAAGUGCAAAAGGUCGGCGAAGGACUGAAAGCGAUGCUCAACGAUCUUGAGGCCAUAAUACCUAAGGAGAAGCUACAGGAACUUUACAACGAAAAGAUGAAGACCACCAACGUCUUUUCCGAUUUUGUCAAGAAAGUGACAUCUCCGGACAUGAAGAAAAUCAUCUUUAACCUGUACGGACAUCCGACUUAUAUCAAGUUGGUCACUAAAUGUAUGGACCAGGGCCUGGAUCUUAAAGCACUAUCCGAUUUUUACAAGAAAAUCGUUCCGAUUCCCAUACCAACACCAGUAUUUUAG